AUGACGAACCCGCUUCCUUCGCUGGCCCCCGGGAUCAGCGAGAUUCCCCAGUCUCCUAUUAGAAACCGUCACCUGUGGAAGAAAAGUGACCAAUCUCGUGUCUCUGUCUCCUUCCUCCCCCCACUAGCUCUGGAAGCUGCCCGUAUUUGUGCCAACAAGUACAUGGUGAAGACCUGUGGUAAAGAUGGCUUCCACAUCCGGAUGCGCCUCCAUCCGUUCCACGUGAUCCGCAUCAACAAGAUGUUGUCGUGUGCCGGCGCUGAUCGGCUGCAGACUGGGAUGCGAGGAGCCUUUGGCAAGCCCCAGGGCACAGUUGCCCGGGUGAACAUUGGGCAGGUUAUCAUGUCAGUAAGGACCAAGACCCAGCACAAGGAGCAUGUCAUUGAGGCCCUGCGCAGAGCCAAAUUCAAGUUUCCAGGUCGUCAGAAGAUCCACAUCUCGAAGAAGUGGGGUUUCACCAAGUUUAAUGCGGAGAAUUUUGAUGACAUGGUGGCGGAGAAGCGACUGGUCCCUGAUGGGUGUGGAGUGAAGUAUGUGCCGGAGCGUGGACCCUUAAGUGUCUGGCGAGCUCUGCACGCAGUCUGAGCCCUCACUCCAUACUCUCGCUUUUACCAUUAAAAGGAGUAUCUUGAUCCCCAGGA